AUAAGAAGUCAAUGCAACCAACAAUUCAUGUGGCUUGCUGAACACUGUUUGAGACCUUCAAGAACUUUAUAUAAAGGAGUAUCUCACAUCCUUUGCCUAAGUAGUAGUGUAUGUUCAAUUCAAGAAAGAAAAAACAUGGACAAGGUUGUUUAUAUUUAUGCCCUUUUGGGGCUAUUUGCAGGUUCAAUUUUCAGUUCAUGCAUUUGUGGGACUUCCACAAAGUUUGAUACACACAGUGAUUGCAAUCUCUUUGGAAGUAUUAUUGCAGAGAAAUCAGUGAGCAAUGCAAUAGAAACCAUCUACAUUGGCAUACUCAUUCUAGGAAUCAAGUUUGUUAACAACCUUUUCUCCAUCUGUUACAAGGAAUCUGCAUCUUAUACCAUGGUCAUGCCAUUUUGGAUAGCAUUUGCACUCUCAUAUAUUUGCAUGUCAAACUGAACAAUUCCUUAACUUCUAAGUUAAGAUUCUCACUAAGCAAGGGAAGGUCAAGUACAAUUUGUCUUCUAUUCUAUCAUUCUAUGCAAGCACAUGUUCAAUGUGGUUA